AUGGAAAAUCGAGGGCAUCAUCAUCACCAUGGCUCACAUGGACAUAGUAGUCAUAAUACAAAAGGCAAAAAUUACAAAAUGCUCGCUGAUCCAUUCAUAGUAAAAGGAGCGACAAAGCUUUACAGGUAUGAUGGUCUUGUCCCUGGAGAUUCUACAUACCCUCCAGUUACUCCAAAAGAUCCAAGGCCACCUCUUACAUGGAUAUGGGCCAGAAUGGAGACUCUGGAUUUACCUGUGCCAAGAUUUAAGAUUGAUUUAAAUUAUGUUGGAGAACCUCCAUCAUUGGAAGUAACAGUUUCUAACUUAAAUGACAAUAUUGAUAAACAAUUUUUGACUGAUAUGGUAAAUAAAUUUGGGGAACAAGAAGAGCUCAUUAUUUACUAUCAUCCUGUUACAAAUAAACAUCUUGGGCUUGCUAGAAUAGUUUUUAUGGAAGUUUCGUCUGCAAAGCAAUGUGUGGCCAAUCUCAAUAAUAAAUCAGUUAUGGGAAAGCAGUUACAAGUUUUUUUAGACCCAUUUGGUAAGAAAUAA